AGAUCAUUCAUGUAAAUGUACGGUUUCACCAAGCUUUCACCUUCCUUGCUUCUCUUCUCUAUUCUCUACUCUACCUAGUUGAGUAGUUUUUCCUUUCAUAUAUAUAUAUAUAUAUAUAUAUUUUCUCUACAAGCCUUCUUUUUCAACUUGUGGUCAUGCUGCUGCGAAGCUCCUCUGCUCCGAUUCCGAGUUCAUGGAUACCUCAUUCCCCAGAAUCAGAAUUGAUUUUCUUGCAUCCUAGAAUGAAAUCAUCAGUCGUGUGUCUAAGCCAUCCCUUAUCUGAGAUAGACCCUCGCAGCUCAAGGUCGAAGAAGAAAAACUGUUCACAGCCUAAUAACGUUCGUAGGAAUCCAGAGAGAGCCAAGAUCAAGGAAUGUGACCAAGUAAAAGAAGAACCAGGGCAAGAAACUUCACCUUUUUCAGUCCGAGAACUGUUUUCAUGCUGUGGUUUGGAUGAGGUAGUGAUGGAUGCUGAUGUGAGAAAGAAAGAUGGUAAGGUGCAUACUUUGGUGAUGGGUGGUGGAGGAAAAGGCUCUGAUGGUGGACAUGGAAAUCUGUGGGAUUACUCUGAAGGUAGUAAUCAUGGGAGAGAGAAUACUAAUGCUUAUUAUCAGAAGAUGAUUAAGGAAAACCCUGAUAAUGCUCUUUUGCUCGGAAAUUAUGCACGCUUCUUGAAAGAGGUUUGUGAAGAUUAUCCUAAAGCAGAGGAGUAUCUAGAGAGAGCCAUUUUGGCUAAUCCAAGUGAUGGUAAUGUUCUGUCACUCUAUGCGGAUCUAAUAUGGCAAACACAGAAGAGUGCUGAUCGAGCUGAAGGAUAUUUUGAUCAAGCUGUUAAAAGUGCUCCAGAUGAUUGCUAUGUUCUGGCCUCACAUGCUAAAUUCCUUUGGGAUGCUGAGGGAGAUGGAGAAGAUGAAGAAUCAGAUUACAGCCAUGCAAAUCCACCAGAUCCAUUCCAGAGAUCUAACCAUCACUCUCGUUUGCCUGCAGCCUCAUAGCCUUUUACUCACCGCUGUCUCAUAUUUCAGGAAAUUAACUUGCGAGACAGAUAAUGGAGUCUUUAAUCUCUGGGAGAAGGACACAACUUGUGGUUUUUUAGGUCUUGCUAUCAAAUUUUCCACUGAAAACACGACAAAUUCGUCCAUGUUUUCAUAUGUUAGAACUUGAUAGCAAACAUCUAAGGAACUUACAAGUCUAGUCCUCCUAAAAUGAGCAAGGUUUGAAAAAAAACAGACUGUAUCACUAUGCAGUAUGUAAAUAGCUGAGGCCAAGUAACAAUUAGCAGCUUUCAGUACCACUUGUGUGCCAAUCAGGUUUCAACUGAUGUAUCUUCUGAGCAUAUCAAAUUUUGGUAUGUACAAAGGAAUAGAGAGCUGUGGUUUAUACUUCUGCAACCA